AAUGUCGCUUGUCGGUGACGUCACGUCAGCAAAUGUCACCACUCGCGUUCUCAAUUCUCAUUAUUUUUAUUUCGCAAUUUCCAGAAAUUUACAAUUCUAUACAAUUCUCUGGCGUUUUUUUUCUUUAGUAAGUAGUCUUAUGUUAUUUCGUUAAACGAUGGACAAUCAAUAUUACUACAAGCUGAUGGCGAGUUAUUUAUCUAAACGAAACUGCGACGAGUCAUUUAUGAGGUAUUUCUUCGGUAAGAAUGCAACAAAGAAGACACCUGAAGAGUUGGAACGGGCCGAUGAAAGAAAAAGACGUUUGCAGAGGGAGAGGUCGAGACGGUAUCGCGCCUUGAAAAAUGCCCGCCGUCAAAACGAAAACAGUCGAGAUAGUAAUGAAAAUGAAUCUGCAAGGAGCAAGUCACGAACUCUUUCUGUGGACGAAGAGGUGAGCGAUUGUGAUGAGUCGCCAACACUGUGCGACCUACGUGAGUUACACUAUGGUGAAGCAUGGCGAGAGCCAGCUUCCUCUGAUUGCGCUUCAGAUGAUAACUCUGCGCAUUCCGUGCUCGAUCACACGCCUCCAGCCAACCUCUCACUUGACUUAAAAGAGUUUCUCAGUUCCAACACUGAGUUAGACUAUCCUACUGUACACAGCCUUAUGUUUCACUGGCUUCAGACGUAGCAUCUUGGCAUUAACAAAAUAAGGCUUUCUUGGCCAAUAUGUCAAGCAAUUUGGGAUAAAGUCACAAAUUAGAAAUUGUUUCAAUCAAGCUUCUAUCAGUAGAAUUUCACAAAGUAUUAUUAUUGAGCUACCACAAGGUAAAACAGUAGAUACUCACAUAUCAAUACAUAGGAAUGCUUGUUAAUGUGAAGCUGUCACUUGAGAUUACCGUCCUGCUCUAGAUUAUAUGCAUAUGUUCUGAUGUUAAUGGUUACUAUAUACUGUUUAUAAUAUGCUUUAAAGAAAGUAGUAUAUAAAAUCAGGUUAAUAACCAAUUCCCUUAAUUUAAAAUGAUUACAGACUACAGAUUAUAAUGAUAGUUAUAAUUUGUACUCCAUUUUCCAUUGUAAAGAAAAAUUACCUACUGGUUAACUUGCAAUAUAAUUGCUAUAUUAUUGUUUUGUACAAAAUCAGUAUACUGAUCAUUAUCAGUGAUAAAGUAUCAGGCUCAGUGGUCAUUGAGCUCCUUACUUAAAAUAAUGAAUUCCACUAGACAAUAAGUUGUUGUUAAUUUGCCAUAUCCUAAUGUUUAGAAUACUCUACUAAUAUACAUUAUUAUAUAUCCUUAUAGAGACAUAGAGUAUAUAUACCUAUAGUUUGUGAUACAAGGCGUUUACAUUUUGUGUGAAAUCUACAAUAUUAGGUGUAAUAUAGGCUAGGUUAUGUAUGAGUCAGUAAGUUUGUGUCACACUCGAUUGCUGGUCAUAUGCUCUAAUCUGGUGUUACAUUUAAACAAAGCAUUCCACAAUAUUUUUAAUAGCUUUUUUAAUAUUUUUGUAAGCUACUUUAUUAAUAAGUUUAACUUGUUCUAGGGCUUAGGUCUUGAACUAAAACAUCUGAAUUUAAGUAUUUAUGCUAUAACUGCAUUUAGCUAAAAAAUACUCAAUUAUUGCUCUCUUAUGUUUUUAUAAUUAAUUGGUUUAUAUAAAAUUUAUUUAAAUUUUAAUAUAGAAAUAAGUUAAUUUUUAAUAAGUUGAUAGAAUUUCAGUUUGUGAUAUUUACUAGAUCUUGAAUUGUAUUGAUUAUUUAUAAAAAAAAAUUUUAAACAAGCAUUACAUUAUGUAUGAAGAAUUGGCAUGAUAAAAUGAAUUGUGUCUUAAUGCUAUUGUAUUGCUCAUGUGCCAUUAUUUAAUUAUGAAUAAUUCACAAAAAGUAUUUUUUUAAAUUCAUUUAAAUGAACCAGCACAAAACUUUUAAAGUACAUAGUUUUUAAAUAGGAAAAAGUUAAGCUGUUUUCUAUGUAAGGUGGUUUAUUAUAGAACUUUGAGUACAUUUGAAUGACAAAUUAUGUGGAAUAUAAUUUCAAUUUGUAAGAAACAGCAUUUUCAUCUUAUAAUGUUAAAGGCCUAAAUUUGUAUUGUUAUAAUCAGGAUUAUGUUAUAUCUUUAUUAAUAAUUUUUGCUUUGCUGUAUUAGCGUUAAUUGCGUCAAAUUAGGGAAUUGUUCCCAAGGGUGCUGAAGCAGUGGUGCAGUGGAGUGCCCAAGAGAGCUAGUUAUAUCCUUGCAUAUCUUUAAAUAUAUAUGUAGGUACUGUAAGGUAGUGCCAUAUUAAAGAGCUUCCUAUUUUUAUAAAA